AUGGCAUGAACAUUGUCCUUCGACGAGAUAUAAAGGGUGCAUGUAGUCUCCGCCUAGGUAGUAGAAUGUUCUCGUGACGUGUUGAUUCGGCGAUUCGGCUGUGUGGGUAACCAAUCGCAAGCAACUUAGAUAUGAAAACCUAUUAAUUUUGCGGUGUAUCGGUGUUUUCCUAUGAUUCUAUCAACUCAUGGCAUUUAGCCGGCAAUCAUGUCGAGGACUCAACGAUGUCAGUGAUUAUCUGGCCUAGUCACCAAUCUCGACCGAGUAUAUAUAACCAGCGAAGUAUCAAUAACUGCCACCAAAAAAUAUGCAUGCUUACACUAUUGGGUUGAUUUCAAAGCUGCGAAUGACCAACAAUACACCAGACCAUCCACUUACAGCAAUUCGAGGGCCCUAAGAGCGAAGAAUGUUUGCGGCGAUGUAUCUGAGGAUUCUGGCUAUCCUAGCAUUAUCGUGCGUGAUCGCCGCACGACCUCUGAAGCAUUACGAAGGGUUAGCCGAAACUUAUAUACAAGUCCUCGGCUCGAACAUAGUAGCGAACAACACUGUCGCUACCCCUGCCUCGUCCAUCACAUCACCCACAGACGUAGACAAGAUUAGUUCAGAAUGUAAACCGUUCAAGAUGCCGGCGGUCCCACAAAAAUGUCUUCAGAAGUCGGGAGAACUUGUUUGCCAUGGAUAUUCCUUAUAUUGCAGAUUCCUGACAGACUGGGGUGUUGGGUACGAUCCGAUUGGAGAAUGCUGGACUUGUAAAUGAUUGGCUUUCUCAGAGACAAACAAAACGGUCGAUCACCUGCCCCUACUCUUGACGUUAAGCGUUAGGAGCAGCUGAACGCGAGGAAAUAUAAAACGAUAAUAUUUUCUGCGAGCAAUUACAUGGAACGUCUGUUGAUACCCGGGUACCUAUUUACCACAGGUAGAUAGUUACUAAGAUUGGUGAUCUACGACCAACAUUCUGGACUCGACUAGGGAAAAUCGAAAUUGAUAAAUCACAACUCAAAAGUUUUCAUUUACGGUACGU